AACCGCUCCUCCACUCUCACUCGUAGUCGAAGGCCAAAGCAAAGGAGGAGCGAGCGAGAGAGAGAGAGAGAGAGAGAGAGAGAGAGAGAGGUGUAGGGAGGGAGUAUCUGAGCACGCAGGAGAGUGGCCAAGGCGAGUGCUUGAAAAAGGCUACAACAUUUUAGGGUUCUUUUUCCUCCUCCACUUCAUCUCUCUGUCUUCUUCUGCGCUCGGCGAGGAGGCGAUCAUCCUGCGGCCGUGGAACUAGUGGUGAGGUAGGUGCCGUGGCGCUGUGUCCUGGUCUGGUGCCAGGAUUGAGGGUGGUGGAGACCCGCUGUAUCUCUAGUUUAUUGUUGAUCGAGAGUUAUGAAUUAAAAUCCAGAUUUGUCAAUUCAGAUCUUGUUUCAGUUAUUGCCUCUUACCAACUCAAGUUAUCUAAGGCAUAAUAUGUUCCUGAUAUUUGGAGUAUUAAUCUAGCAAAGAGUUCAUUUCUGCUGAUGGAGAAUCUGUCUGGGCAUUUCCAAUAUGUAGAUACUCAUGAAACAAUGGAGUUUCCUGAUCAGCAUGAAACAUUCAGUUUUGCAAGUUCCUCUGCAGAUGCAUAUGCUUGCUACCAGAACACUAGUACCUUCCAUGAAGCGUUUGGAGAGCAAUUGAGUAAUACAGAUUCUUUAGGGCCCAUCCCUUCUCCCAACAUUUUUCCACUAGGAUCUUAUUAUGGUUCCAGUAGUCAUAAUGCCAUGAGCCCUUAUUUACUAGAAUCACUACUAGCUCAAUCUACUGAUGAUUCUAGAGAUUACUUCAAUGCAUUCCAGAAGACAUCCUUUAUGGGUGUAAAUUCAUCAGUUCACUUCACAGAACUCCAGGACUCGACCAAUGUCAAAAGUCAAGCUCAAGUGCCACCUAACACCAAAUUACUGUCUAUGUCUCACUGUCCAGAAAUUUCAGGCAUGAUGUUCUUUAAGCCAGACAAUUACUUGAACAAUUUCACAAAUCCCCAUCUUAUGAUAGAGCAAGGGCUGCCAUUUGGUUCUCCUUCAUCUAGUAAAUUUGCAUCACAGGACUCUGUGCCUAAAACAAAACCAUGUGAGAUCGCAAAAGCAGGCUUUUAUGAUUCUGGACCUGAAGAUUCUUUAUUGUAUCAUCAUAGAGAUCUUCCUGGGACUGAUAUUUGUGAUCACCACUCAGAGCAUACAAUUGAUGAGACUGUGCAAAAGAAUGAGAGUGUUCGAGGUGUCCAUUCUGUAUCAUCUAGUCUUGUUGAAAAUGACAACAGUGUGUGUAACAUGGUUUCCAGGUCGUCGCAAAAGCAUGUUGAGAAUUCCAUUUCAGCUGCAGUUAACUCCCUGGUUUUAGAGAGUGAUAAAAGGGCAAACUGUUCAAUAGCACCUAUGCAGUUACAUUAUGACAAUGACCUAUUCGAUAGUGUGGAACAAGUACAUGAACUGUGGGAUAACAUUAGACUGCCAGUUUGCCACAACACCUCUUCAAGUAAAAGUUCAGGUGCUUCAGGUUGUCACUCAGUGAUGGAAAUGAGCUCAGCAUCUGCUUAUGACAAGGGAAUGUUCUCGGACUCUGGUCUUCAAUUAUUGAUGGAUGCUAUAGCUGGUGAGCACGCCAAUAAAGGUUCUGCUCAUCGCUAUGGUGCCAAAUAUAGUAGUCCUAUUUCUCGUCUUAAUUUGGAAAGUCAAUUCUCUACUGGAUUGGGUGAUCCUUCAGGGUACAGAAAUCAGGUUCCUUCAAUAGGUCAUCCUUCUGUAAAUGUUGCGUCCAAUCUGUUAUUGCCUUUCUCUAACUCUGAGGCUGUUCAUGAAUCUCCGAAAGAAGCACUAUCAAAUUCUAAUUUCUGUUCAUGGAUUGAUGAUAGCUGCAGUAUCAGUACUGAGAAUUCUGCCCUAAAUCAAUCCAAGAAACCUGAAGAAUCUUCCAAGGCUGUUAAGAAAAGGGCUAGACCUGGUGAGAGUACACGGCCAAGGCCAAAAGAUCGUCAACAGAUUCAAGAUCGUCUGAAGGAGCUGAGAGAAAUUGUACCCAACGGCGCAAAGUGUAGCAUUGAUGCUUUGUUGGACAAAACAAUCAGGCAUAUGCUCUUUCUACAAAGUGUGACAAAGUAUGCAGACAAACUCAAACAAGCUGAUGAACCCAAGAUCAUCGGCGAGGAGAGCGGUGUUGUUCUAAAAGAUAACUCUGGCAGUGUUAGUGGUGCUGGUGCAACGUGGGCAUAUGAAGUUGCUGGGCAAACCAUGGUCUGUCCAAUUAUAGUUGAGGAUCUGACACCCCCUGGUCAAAUGCUUGUUGAGAUGCUGUGUGAAGACCGAGGUCUCUUUCUUGAGAUAGCAGAUAUCAUACGUGGGUUUGGGCUGAUAAUCUUGAAAGGAGUAAUGGAAAUUCGUGAGUGCAAAAUUUGGGCUAGGUUCUUGGUUGAGGCAAACAGAGAAAUCACCAGAAUGGACAUAUUUUUGUCACUCAUACAACUUCUACAGCAAAAUAGUUGUUUGAGAUCCAGUGAUCUAGCCACUAAGGUUAUAGAUAAAGGAGCUUCAGCAUUCCCUGGUUAUCAUCAAUCUCCUAUGGUGAGUUCCAGUUAAUCCGACCUAAUGCUUGAAGUCAGGCAUGCCUUGUAUAAUGCGUGCUGCAACCUGAAGACGGAAGGCUCGUGCCAUGAGAUAGUAGAUCGUGUUUAAACAAAUGAUAAUAUGGAGUUCCCGCCGCAAGCCUUUGUUGCUGAAGCAGGUUGAUAGGUUUUGUAGUGAUCAAUCUAGUAU